AUGUUAAUGUCCCCCGUCACGCCGGGCGCCAACCUACCUUCUUCGUCGCUCCCAGCACCAGCUUCCCCACCUCAGCCCGACCGUCAGUCUCCCUCCGCGACUCUCAUAUCACCGGUGCCGAGUCCAGGUUCCCACCCGAGCCCUGCGACCUCUCGUCCUCCGGCCACCAACACGUCUGUUGCCGCGCCAGCGACCCUGCCGCAAAACCGUGAGGAUGAGACUCGCAUGUCGAACCAAGCCGCCGCCAUCUCUGCGCCCACUGCGAGCCCCUCACUUCCGGGAGCGGUUUCUGAAUCCUGUGGCGCCCAAGAAAACACACCAUCGGGGAACUUACCUCGACAUGGGCUUGCGCCUAACCAUCAGACACUCGCGCCGAGAGUUUCUGGCCCAAGCAAGACACUGUGGCAGCAAUGGAGGCACAAGUCGGUCGUGCUCCGUACGGACGCUGAUGUCACGGGGUCGAUAGUUGCAAUGGGUAGGGCGACUCUCCUACAAAAUGCCUGCGAUCAUAGAGACUUUUUCUUUCUGUUGCUGCAUCAAGUAUUCUGCCGACAUUUCCUCGAUAUUGGCGCUCUGGAGCGUAGCAGUGGGCACACGGACUCUUUUCAUGCCCUGCAACUCCUGCUGGAAGACAACACGCGUGUGCCGCCUCGGAUCAUGGAAAGAUUCGUUGGCUUCCCCGAAUCGCUUGAGGAAUUAGGAAAGGCUGAGUGGUUUGACGACACGCGAAAUAAAGAGCUCGUCAGGAAAUGCAUUGUCGCCCUGGAAUCCCAGAUGCCGUUGCUACAAGCUCGAAUUGAGCGGGGAUAUUAUCAUGAACGUGGUUUCCCACCUCUCGCAGCCGAAAUCCAUACGGAAUUUCAGACCAGUUCGCCUGUAUUCAUGACUGUGCUGUUUACAUGUGCUUGUCGAAGUCUUUACCCAGAUCAUUGUAUGCAGGACUUGAAUCUUUCAUUCCAGAAUGACAUGAGAAUGUUUUUCACGUCCAUGGAAGAAGAUCGGCUGCUUUCGAUCCGUCGAUACAAAGCGAUCCGAAUGAAGCCCAGUCCACUGGGACGGCAGCCCUCGAUGGUUCCCCAGCAGCAGAACAAGCAGAACAAGCAGCAGAAGCAGCCGCCGCCGCCGCCGCCGCCGCCCAGCGCACUUACCCACCCUGGAGGUCCCGUGGUCUCCGCCCCCAGUCCAGUUGGAAACCCCAGUCUUCCCAAUGGAUUUUUUAUCCCUGUCUCAUCCCAAAGUCCGCGGUCACAAAGCCCGCCCCAGAACGCCGCGUGGCUUCCAACGUCGCAAAAUCCGCCCCGUUCACCUCAGGUGUGGCAAGCGUCCCCAGGGCAGCUUCAGCUACCCCGAGGACAAGCUCCGCCGGUACACAUGCAGGGGCAGCCCCGAGCUGCCUAUGAUGUACCGCUUCCAGUCUCUCAGUAUCCCAAUUAUCGGCCGGCAAACCAAGCACAGAUGAUGCAAAAUCCGAAUGCGUUGCAGCCAAAUCAAGGACAGAUGGUUCAGGGUCCCAAUGCUCUACAAGAAAACCAGGGGCAGAUGAUUCAGACUCACUCACCCCAAACGCCCCAAGUCCGACAGAUGGUUCAAGACCAACAAAUCCACUCGACCCAACAGGCACAGGGAGUCCAAGACCAACAGGAUGUUCCGCAUCAAAAUACGCCCUCUCCCAUGUACUCUGCCCACCCCGAGUCUGUCCAGGGUCCCCAGCAACAAGACAAGAUCCUCACACAGCAGCAAGUUCCCCCAUUCUGUAUGCAGGUGAAUUCAACGGGCCAUCCUCAGCGACCUCCGCUUUACGGAAUUCAAGGCCAUCCACAAUUCAUGCAGUUUCCACUGGGCAGAGGACGAGGGCGAGGACGAGGAAGUCUCCAAAUGUCCAUACCACCCUCCUUGCAGCGACCGCACCCGGGUACACCGGUGACACCUGGCACGUCGGGCAUACCGGUUACUCCUCAUACUCCUUUGCUCCCGCCCCCCAAUUAUAGAAUCCCACAGACCGUCAACACGCAACCAAUGCGGCUCGGACUGCACCAGGCCGAUAUUCGUGAACCAGUCAAGCAACUGCGACAUUGGAACCCCCAGGGACAGUUCGCCGAGGUCGAAUUGUACUAUUACCUCUGCGGAUAUGCAGUGAUUCCCAGCUUCAUUGAUCCGGCGGAACGACGCUACAGCUGGAAGUUUAUGUUAUCAGCCAUCGAUAUACAAUCAGCCCCUCGCUUUGAGGAUACCAAAUCAGGGAAAAGCCCGAUCAUUAGUAUCCAGCCAGGGUGUAAAGUCUUCCGACUUCGAGCGAUCUCUCUGAAAAACUCUCAGAAAGACAAUCUUUACGGCAUGUGGCCAACUGCAAACACCUGCUGGCCUAGUGUGUUUUACAUCUUUGUCAACGGUAAGGAGCUCUUUGUCCGCCGCAAAGCUCACAACGGCAAGGAUCUUCCUCUAGACAUCACCCGUUUUCUCAAAGAAGGCAAAAACGAACUUGUUGUACACUUCCUACUCGGACCUGGUGAAUGCAAGGAUUCUCGAUACGUCUUUGGUGUUGAGUCCAUGGCCUUCAGCAUGUCUGAUCAAGUGCGGCUUCAGGCCAAGACCCUACCCGCCUCGGCGACCUAUCGGAAGAUCCGCCAACGCCUGAAUCUGCUGACGGACGACGAUGACUUGGCCGUUGUUUCAGAUUUCCUGACUGUCAGCCUCGUUGACCCGUUUAUGGCAACGAUCUUUGACACCCCUGCCCGAUCCACAUCCUGCAACCACCUGGAAUGCUUCGACAUUGACACCUUUAUCAGAACUCGCAAGUGCCGAUCUGGGUCCACACCAUUGAACGAUGACUGGAGGUGCCCUAUCUGUAAGGCAGAUGCUCGGCCACAAAACCUCGUCAUUGAUGAGUAUUUCGUCAACGUUCGCGCGGAGCUUCAGUCUAGUAACCGACUGAGUGGCGCUGAGACGAUCAAAAUUCAAGCUGAUGGAUCUUGGACUUUGAAAUUCGAUACUCCUGAAAAAACCUCAUCGAUCCCGGUCACCCUCAAGCGCAAGGCGGAUCGCCCUCUAAGCCGGUCAAAGACUCCUGCAAAGCAAGAGACAUCCUCUCCCAUGAACACUACAAAUACUGGUGAACCAAUCGUGAUUGAAAUUGACUAA